CGGAGCGUGGAGAAAAGGGCCUCCCGGAGAAAAUGGACAGCCCGCAACGACUAACCUUCCCCACCGGACGGUCCUUGCAGCAUAGAUGGCCCGGACCAGCUCACUCUUCCUUCCCACCGAGGGGAGGGGCUAUAUAAAGGCGGACUCCAUGCCUGAAGAGUAUCCGACUCCAACCUGAGCUACAGCAACAUGUCCUGUCUGCCUGUCCUCCUGCUGCUGUCCUGGGCGGCUCUGUCUGCUGCCUACCCUGCCGCCCCUCAGGAAGAUCUGGACAACAAAUAUGCAAAAAUGGCAGAGAAAUACCUGGAGAAAUUCUAUGAUCUAAAAACCACUGGAAGACCAGUAGGAAGAAAUAAGAAUAAUAAUCCAUUUGUUAAGAAGCUUCAAGAAAUGCAACAGUUCUUUGGUCUGGAAGUGACGGGAAAACUGGACAAGAAGACUAUAGAAGUGAUGGAGAAACCUCGUUGUGGUGUUUAUGACAUCGGUGAAUACAACACAGUCCCCAAAAGUUCUGCCUGGCAGAAAAAUGACAUCACCUACAAAAUUGUGAAUUUCACACCCGACAUGCCACAAGCUGAUGUGGAGUCCUCCAUCCGGAGAGCAUUCAAAGUCUGGAGUGAUGUGGCCCCACUCACCUUCACCAGGGUCUACGAAGGAGAAUGUGAUAUUGAGAUCAAAUUUGUUAGUGGAGAUCACAAUGAUAACAGUCCGUUUGAUGGACCUGAUGGAGUGUUAGCUCAUGCUUUUCAGCCUGGGCCUCAUAUUGGGGGGGAUACUCACUUUGAUGAGGCCGAGACAUUUACAAAAAACAGCGAACAGUACAAUUUGUUUCUGGUGGCAGCUCAUGAAUUUGGUCACGCUCUUGGCCUCCAUCACUCCAAUGACCAAGGAGCUCUUAUGUAUCCCACUUACCCAAACACUGACCCUGAUCAUUUCCGACUUCCUCAAGAUGACAUUGAUGCCAUCCAGUAUCUUUACGGAAAGACAUCAAACCCCAUACAGCCAACUGGACCUUCCACACCAUCUAAAUGUGACCCCAACAUUGCCAUUGAUGCUGUGACCACUCUUCGAGGAGAACUUUUCUUCUUUGUAAGCAGGUUCAUACUCCGCAAGCAUCCUCGGGAGGGAGAGUCCGACUUACUCUUCAUCCAGAAUUUGUGGCCAUCUUUACCAAAUGACAUUGAUGCCGCCUAUGAGAAUCCAAAUACUGGGGAAGUUCUAGUGUUUAAAGGAAACAAAUAUUGGACUCUCGAUGGAUUUGAGGUGUCUCAAGGGCCCAGGAGCAUCACCAAACUUGGAUUUCCCAAAAACGUUAAGAAAAUUGAUGCAGCCGUUCAUGUCGAGCACUUGGGCAAAACUUUCUUCUUCGUGAAGAAUAAAUAUUACAGCUAUGAUGAAGACAAACAAGCCAUAGAUGAAGGAUUUCCAAAGUUCAUUGCCAAAGGUUUCCCAGGAAUGAGACCAAACAUUAACGCCGCAUUUUAUUACAGAGGACUUCUUUACUUCUUCCAGGAAUCGGUUCAGUAUGAAUAUAGCAUUGAGAACAGGAGAAUCCAGCAAGUUCUUAAAAGUAACAGCUGGCUGGGAUGUUAAGAAGACGGGUUUUGACUAAAGCUUGUAUACUGUAGUGUCACUGUGAAAGCGUCUAUGGGACCAUUAUACUGCACUCUGUUUAUUAUCAGAACAUCUAUGCAGCUGUAUGUAGCAAUGUAUUUAUAUUAUAUCAUUUUCUUAUUUUAACUUGAAUAUUUUAUAUUGAUAUCAUAAUAAACUAUGUAU